AUGCCGUCCGCGAUGGUAUCGGGUCCACGAGGCAGCGCCGGAAACUGGCACGACUACAACACUGUCAUGGCGGCACGAGCGGGUCGCAAAGAUGAGCGAAGCGUUUGUGCUGUUGACGAAGUCUGCGACGAAUACGGAGAAAAAGAAGAAGAAGAAGAAGAAGACGAAGACAAAGACGAAGAAGAAGAAGAAGAAGAAGAAGAAAAAGAAGAUGAAGAAGAUGAAGAAGAAGAAGAAGAAGACAGAGAGGAAGACGAAGACGAAGAUGAAGAAGAAGAAGAUGAUGAUGAUGAUGAAGAUGAAGAAGAAGAAGGCGAAGAAGAAGACGGAGACGAAGGCGAAGACAAAGAAGAAGACGGAGACGAAGGCUAA